AUGGAAAAAAAUCACCAAAUACUGAAAUAUGCUAAUCCUUUUGCCAUAAGCAAGGAAUUAAAAUCGUACAUGUUAAAAGUGAUGGAUGAAUAUAAAAAACAUUUUGAAAAAUCUUUCAUUAAAAAUUGUAAUUUAGAUGAUAAUAUAAAUGUAAUUAGAGAUUUGAUAUUAGAUGAACAAAAUAAUUAUAAUGAAGAUAUAUUUCUGAAAAUUCAAAAAAGUUUUCAUAUGUAUGAUUUCUUCAAUUUAUCGUUGUUAUUUCCAAUAAAAGUUUUUAAAAAAACUGACAAGACGUUGAUUCAGCUAAUUUCUGAGGAUACCAAUUUGAGUGACCUGGAAUUAAUCCAAGCUGUUCUUAAAAAUAUAGAAAACAACAAUAUGGAUAAAUUAAACUUCUUUUACGUAGAAAAUAUAAUUUUUGAAUUAUUAGAUGAAAUAAUACGACAGGUUAUUUGUGAAUAUCCCAAGAGAGGAUUUGCCGUAUUAUUAAUAACGAACGAACUACAAAAGAAUAUUAAUUAUUAUAAAAAUUUGAUAGAUAUAAUUGAGCACAAUAAUGAGAUGAAUACUCAAGGAUUCAAGGAGAUGAACGAAAAGAAUAAUUUAAUUCUUCAAGAUUUGUUAGUUGAGGAAAAUAAAUUGAAGGAGAAAUUAAUUGACGUACAAACUAGAUUGGAAUUAUUAAAAGAAGAAAAUAAAAAAAAGCUUCAGGAAAAUAAGAAUAAGAAGGAAAUACAGUAUGAUUUAUUAAAACAUAAUGAAUCGUUACUAGAUAAAAUUAAAGAAAUUUAUGAUAAGAAAGGAGAAAUAUAA